AUGCUUUACCUUUGUGUCAUUGAUACCGACAUAAUUACAAUAAAUCUUUGUCAUUGUGUAGUCACAUUUUUCUGAUUUCACUUUAUCAGAAUGCUUUACCUUUGUGUCAUUGAUACCGACAUUAUUGCACUCAAGACUUGUCACUGUCAACUAGCAUAGUAUACCUAUUCCGUGGUUGAAAAUUUAAUUCCUGUACUUAGUGUGGUCAAUCAGAUUUGUAACCACAUAUUCAUUUGAUAUUUUUGCUAUAUAUAGUAGACAUGGCACAUAUCCACAACCACACCCCUUCAUCAAAUAACAAUAGUAAUACGAGAUGUAUUCUAGACCAUCAUCAAGCUCAAGUUCAAGCUCGUCUUCUUCAAAUACUGAAGAAUAUGACCAACUUGUUGAUGAACUCUUCACAUACCAACCCCCAUCUGUCCUCAUGCCCCAAACACAAUCCCAACACUCUUCAAAAAAACCUAGAGGGGGUACGAAUAGAAGAGAUAGGGAAAUUGGACAUGCCAGGUUGUUUAAUGAUUACUUUUCCGAUAAUCCCGUGUACAACACCACCCAAUUUAGAAGAAGAUUUCGUAUGCAACGACCUUUGUUUGUACGUAUAAUGAACAAGGUCGUUGAAGGUGAUGUGUACUUCCAGCAGCGUAGGGAUGCAGCUGGAAGGUUAGGUUUAUCACCUCUGCAAAAAUGUACAGCAGCGAUAAGAAUGUUAGGCUACGGCAUGGCUGCGGACGCCGUGGAUGAAUACGUUCGGAUCAGUGAGUCAACUGCUCGAGUUGCUCUUCAACGUUUUUGUACCGGGGUCAUUAAUCAGUUCGGAACCGAGUACAUGCGAAACCCUACAACUGCUGAAUUGGCCAGAAUUAUGCAUCAAAAUGAACUGCGUGGAUUUCCAGGCAUGAUAGGCAGCAUUGAUUGCAUGCAUUGGGAAUGGAAGAACUGUCCAACGACAUGGAAAGCGCAGUACGCCGGUAGGAACAAGAAAGCAACGCUAAUACUGGAAGCCGUUGCAGAUCAGGAUUUAUGGAUAUGGCAUUCCUUCUUUGGGAUUCCUGGAUCUUGUAAUGACCUAAAUGUCUUAUACCGUUCCCAGUGUUCGAUGAGGUUCUGCAUGGUCGAGCUCCUCCGGUAAAUUUUACCGUUAACGGCCAUGAAUACAACAUGGCAUAUUACUUAGCCGACGGUAUUUAUCCGAAGUGGGCAACUUUUGUUCAGGGUAUCACAACCCCUCAACUUCAAAAAGAUAAAUUGUUCGCUGACCACCAGGCUGCUGCUCGAAAAGACGUUGAAAGAGCAUUCGGUGUUUUGCAAGCUCGAUUUGCAAUAAUACGAAAACCGUCACUGGCGUACGAUGAGGACAUACUGCGAGACAUAAUGAAAGCAUGUAUCAUUAUGCACAACAUGAUUGUUGAAGAUGAGCGCCACAACUACACUCGAGCCGAAGUUCUAAGAGCCUUCUACGAAGAAGAUCAACAAGAAUCAACACCAGCAUCAACAUCUACAACGCCACCGUUUGAAUUCAACGUAGGUCGACCUACCAACUUUGACUUCAACGCAUUUCUACAGCGAAAAGCUUCCCUCCGUGACAGAGAAAUUCAUCUAUCUCUGAAACGUGAUUUAGUCGAACAUAUUUGGCAACGAUACGGGCCCCGUAAUUAGGGAGAAAUUAGACGAUGUAGUUGUUGUGUUUUUUUUAUUUCCUAAGUUUAAUUGCGCAUGACGUUGCAAAUUAAUUGUUCUCUAAUAUUGUACCGCUUUUAAAAUAAAUAAAAAAUUAUGAGCUUUUUUUUACAAUUAUUUAUAAUAACAUAAAUAAUUUUACGAUAAAU